AUCAACAAACAAGAAUUAAUAAACAAGAAGUCUACAUUUAUUUCUUCUUAUAAUAAAGAUUAAAAUGAAGUCAUCUGCAAAGAAAAGAAGAAUAGAGUCGUCAGAUGAGUCGAGUGAUGGCAAUGGUGUAUCAGCCCCAAAAGCUUCCGGUGAUGAGGUUACACACAUUAAAUCUGAGGUGAUGAGUGGCAGAAGUUCAAGUCGAAUUCAGGAACGUAAAAGUAAAACAUAUGUAAAACCAACAAGAGACAGUAUAUGGAAUAAAAUUCCUUCAUCUUCAGAAAAACGUUUAGCAAAUAUCUCACCUAACAAAAGGGUCAAUGACAUGCUGCGUGUACACAAUCGAUACAAUGCUGAAUCAAUUGAUAUAUUUAACGAUGAUUUUAUUGAUGAUGAAUUGGAUACCACAACAUCAUCGGAUUCUGGCCUUGAGGAAGAGCAGAGAUCUGCCAAAAAGAAACGGAAAAACAAAGGAAGUAAAAUUCAGAAUAGACGAAGGCGAUUGAAAUACGAAUCAUCAUCUUCGGAAGAUGAAUCAAAAAUAAAUCGGGAAGCCAGUGAACCAACAGAUGGUAACGAAGAUAGCUCUUUAUCAUCUUCCCGAACGAAACAUACCGAAAAUUCAAAGGGAGAUAAUGAGACGAUAUCAAAUACAGGUAAGCCAUUGGCUAUUGAUGAAUGCGAGAUAGAUGAUGUAAUACCAUGUGAUCAAGAUUCAAAUAGUGAUGAAGAGGAUUCACAGAUUUACAAACGUUUAAAUUCAUCCAAAAAUAAAAAUGUUUUAAAAAGUGACGAGGAAAGUGACGUUAAUGAUGAGAGCAAUGAAAACAAAAGUCGUAAUAAGAAAAAUGACAGCGACGCAAACAAGAAAGCUGCAUGUGACAAUAAAAAUGACAGCAGUGAUGAAAGCAGCGAUAGUGAUUCAGAAGAGGACUCAAAUCACCUCUCUCGAUACGAAAGACAAUUAUCGAAAAAAGAAAACUUGUUCAGAAGUUUCAAGGAAGCUCAAGCAAAAUCAAAGAAAAAAAAUGCGUCACCUAAAAAGAAAUAGACUCGCACUUUAAAAAACUUUCUGUUCUGAAAUUUAAAAAGCACAUUCAGAAAGUAAAAAUAUGUAGUGUAAAAAAGAAAUAGGCCCCGAACUAAAACAAACGUAGUUCUGAAAUUAAAUGGGGUUAAAUGCCUAUUUUUCGGCACUAAUCAGGAAAAUAAAGUUGGAUUAUGAGGGGAAAGUUAGCUCAGACAUCAAUGGUGUUAAUGGAAAAAACAAUGAUGGGCUUUCCCUACAUGGGGUUUUAAAGUAGUUGUCUCCCCUGAAAUGUGUUCAUCCGUUUCCACCUGGCAAACUUCAGCAGAUUCCGGUACCCUACAUCUAGCCUCGGCUGUAUGACAAGUCUGCCAUUGGAACUACUUUCAAGUUCCCGGAUUACCAUCGGCGUUGCCCUUGACGACGCCCCUGAAGAAUGUUUUAUCAUACAAAUAUUUCAAAGUCUGAAGCUGUUUCUUUCAAGUUAAUCCGAUUUUCUUCAAACAAGGACAACUUUGCACUAAAAAUUCUACACACACUUCGAACGACACAAUUUUGAUAACUUCUUUUUAAAAGCGGCAAGUUUUCCUAAUAGUAAACCGGUGCCGCAUCGCAAUUGUAUAGGCGUAGGUACAUAUCACUUAUCAUCAUACAGCCGAGGCUAGAUGUAGAGUAACGGAAUCUGCCAAGGUUUGCCGAUUGCAUCUGUUUCUGGACCAAAUUUUUCUAAAGAGCCUAAAGAUGCAUUAUGUAAGAACUAAAUAUGCCUACUGCAGAUCUUUAUUUUGGCCUCAAAUGUUAUAUAAAUUUUUUAGAUAUUUAUUGACAUGAUAAACCCAUAAUCAACUCUCUAGGUUAUCGGAUGGCAUUGCUUUAAGUAGAAAGAACACUGCUGCCAUUUAUGAGUUUUGACGAUAAAAUGGAUUAUCAAGACUUAUGUUAAUGAACAAUCUACACUGCAUUUUGUCAAAAGUUCAAACACUUAUAACUUAGCACAAAAAGUAAUUUGACUGCAAUUUUCAAUAUAUUUAUUUCUCAUUAUCUUUUUUUGAAUUAUUAUCACAAGACGACCAGCUCUUUAUCAACAUCUUACAUAAUGUACUGUUAAUUUUAAGAUUUUCUCUUUAUGGUACUUGUUUAUUAUUUAUAAACCAAAUUACCAAAGACUGUGAGAAUGAACUCUUUAGUCUAAAGUGAAUAUAUACCUGGUAAAGGGGUGAGGGUCAACAUUGAUCUCGAUGAUGCCAUUGGGGCAAGAAGGAAAAUGGGGUUUAACGUCCUACUGUUCUGCUUCGAGUGGCCUAAUGAAGAUGGGCUUACGCCAUAAAGUGUGUUAUGCAGGAAAUUUUGCCCAGGCAGUGGCACUAUGACCUACUCUUAUAUCGAAUUCCAACAGCCAAGGGAUCUUUUACUUGCAUUUCAGUGUGUACACAGGACCUUGGUUUUUCAUGCCAUCCUAACGCUUGACAGCUGUCUUUGUCAGGCCCUCCAUCCUGCAACACUGACAAGGAGAAACCAUGUAGGAAAAUACCGAUGAACUUUCUCGGCCAAUGCAGGGAUUGAACACACGACCUCAAGGCUAGCUAACCAGCAUCUUACCGACUUAGCCACUGUGAUUCCUGGGCGAGAAGGAAGAGUUCUCCAAGCAUAGAACACUCAAAUAAUCCCCAAGCAAUACACUAUACAAGACCAUGUGGAAAAUUACAUGUUUUAAAUCCAUGCAGCCUUUUCUCAACUGGAAAGGUGUCCUGGAUUAAAAAAGUAAUUAUUUCACACAGUUUUGUAUAGUGUGCUACCUGAGGAUUAGGUGAUUGUAUGUAACAAAUUGAAUGGUAUUUGUUGUCCAGUACGAUGUGUCUCUGUUAAAUGUCUAUAACCCUGUUUACAUUACAAAUUUUAAGCGUGUCAGGCACGAUGCCAGGUACAGCGCAGUUCGUUUUUUUUAAGUGGACGCGUGCCAUGCCUGGUACCGUGCCAAUCAGGCCCACCAAAGUGAGGUGCUCUCGGCACAGUACCAGGCACUCCACGCUUAAAUUUUCAUAGUACAAACGCUAACUGGUCUGAGAACGGUUUCAGUACGGAUAACUGUGCAUGCGCCAAAUGAACCUUGACCUUUUUCCGGCAAACUUUGACGUAGCUUUGUCACGGUUCUGUCUAAAUCAACUGCCAUAAUUGUUUUCAUCCGUGUAACUUGCUGACUGAAAUUAACUUUUCUGUAAAGAGUUUCACAUUUGGCGUGCAUGGCACGGUUCUGAGACUGGUGAUGUAAACGAGUCAAUUUCUUGAAAUUUAUCACGGCACGCUGAUCGUGGCCAAGUGUAAACGGGGCUUAUGUUUGUCUCUAUUUGCACUUUUUUUUUAUAGCACUCGUUAUGUAAUUGUUAUCAUGCCGUCAUUAAUUGUUUUAUUCGUUCUGUACAUAUAUUUUUAUAUUUCAAUUCUUUUGGUUAAUUACCUUGUAAAUAAAUAACUCAUUUUGUACAUAUAAGAUGUAAUUAACUAGAUGCAACCCCUGUUUAUUCUAACCAUGGAGUUGGUCUAAUCUACACUGAUUACAGGGGUUGCAUCUCGUUAUAUAUCGUCUUCUUACUGAACCCCUUAAGUAUCGCUGAGAUCCCAGUAUAGAUUUCCUCUGAUCACUAGUCUCCAGCUAUCCUAGACCUCACCUUACGAGAGUUGUCGUCAUCUUCUACUGCUUUAUAACAUUUAUGCUAUAUCACUUCGGUGGAAGCCGGGUCGGGGGUUGGAUGGCCGAAUGGUUAGCACAUGCGUGCUGUAUCAUAAAGCCUGUCAUUGAGUCAACUGGCGUGGUUUCGAAUCCCUGGUUGUACAUGACAAGGAGUAGGGUCGUCUGUCCAACCUCGUGGGUUUUCUCCGGUUUCUUUCCACUGCUAAAGACCCCUACUCGCAAGUGAAUUAUUGAAAUAAAAUUAAACCAUAUGUUAGUCCCGAAAUGACCUAGUUUGUGUCGAGUGGACGUUAAACCCCAUUUCUCUCUCACACAUGUGUCGAGUGGACGUUAAACCCCAUUUCUCUCUCUCUCUCGGUGGAAGCGGACAUUAAAUAAAACUAUUUCAUACACAUUUGUUUAUUCUGUUAUUAUCUCUUGUGAAGUAGAAUGUUAUAAAACAAAAUAAUGCUUGUCUAUAAAAAAAACACAAUUUAUAAUAUGUAUAUAAACUAGUGAUUGUUUUGUAUAUAAAUUCGGUUGUAGUCUUUAUUAUGUUUUCCGGCGUGGUUUCCCCUUGUUAGUGGUGCAGUAUUCCUACUGAACUGUAUUGUAUACAAAUGGCUAUUGUUAAAUAUUGUAAAAAAUAACAGGUAAUAAUACAUUAUAUAUAUUAUCGAUCUGUUUAACAUGAUGGUAAUUAAUCUAGUUUAAUAAAUUAUAUCGAUCUGUUUAACAUGAUGGUAAUUAAUCUAGUUUUAUAUAUUAUAUCGAUCUGUUUAACAUGAUGGUAAUUAAUCUAGUUUAAUAAAUUAUAUCGAUCUGUUUAACAUGAUGGUAAUUAAUCUAGUUUUAUAUAUUAUAUCGAUCUGUUUAACAUGAUGGUAAUUAAUCUAGUUUAAUAAAUUAUAUCGAUCUGUUUAACAUGAUGGUAAUUAAUCUAGUUUUAUAUCGAUCUGUUUGACAUGAUGGUAAUUAAUGUAGUUUUAUAUAUUAUAUCGAUCUGUUUAACAUGACGGUAAUUAAUCUAGUUUUAUAUCGAUCUGUUUAACAUGGUGGUAAUUAAUGUAGUUUUAUAUAUUAUAUCGAUCUGUUUAACAUGACAGUAAUUAAUCUAGUUUUAUAUAUUAUAUCGAUCUGUUUCAUGUAAUUAAUGUAGUUUUAUAUAUUUGUUAUAGUUACCUGUAUGUAUUUAUCUUUGUAAUUAAUGUCCAAUGAAUUUGUAUAUAUUGACACAUGACGGGCCUAUUGUUUUAUAAAUAAGAGUGAACCUCAGUACAUGUAUCACUGUGUGUACUUGUCUGCGUAAAACCCUACCAACGAACGAAUCUCAGUGUAUAGUGAAUUUAGCUGGUGAAAUACGGUAUUUGGAGCAGGUCCCUGGUGAAAUAUGUUAUUGGGAGCAGGUCCCUGGUGAAAUAUGUUAUUUGGAGCAGGUUCUGGAACACAACAGAAAUAAGUAUAUGUUGGCAUUGAUGGAUAGCUUGUUUUUGAUGGAUAGCUUGUUUUUGAUGGAUAGCUUUUUUUUUGUGGAUAUACCUUGAAUAUGGGGUGUAAGUACUCAUCCUUCCUCUCCCCCACCCUUUCCCCAAAACACUCUCCACCACUGAGUAUACAUAUUAUGUUUAUAUAUUUCAUUUACUGGCACCAUUAGAA